AUGAUGGCAGCGGCGUGUGGCAAUCUACAGGUUGUUCGUUUAUUACUCGAGCAGGGCGCUAGUGUGGAUCGUUCCGAUAGCAAGGAUCGGCAAGCCUUACACUACGCAAGUAGCUGUAGCCAAAAUGCGGUUGUUCGUUUGUUACUCGAGCAGGGCGCUAGUGUGGAUCGUUCCGAUAGCAAGGAUCGGCAAGCCUUACAUUACGCAAGUAGCUGUAGCCAAAAUGCGGUUGCUGAUGCACUUCUCCAAGCUGGAGCUGAUCCUAACGCAGCUGACGCCGACGGUAUGACGCCGCUUCUUGAAGCUUGUGCCAGCGCACAUGAGCUUACCACUUCUAGUCUCCUCGAAUUUGUGAGUUUUGGAGAGCGGCUUGACUUAGUUGGGUAA